AUGAGUGGCACUUUCCAGAAUUCCUUUCAUGCAUCCUUCCCUAAAACGAGUCAUUCACCCGCUUCUCAGGCUCAAUCAUUGCCUACGGAACGCUUUCACUCCCGAGCUGGACCAUACUCGGGGCUUUCUCCAGCGUUGUCUGGGGUACCGAGGGUUUCGUUCGCAACACCAUAUCCAAGAUUCCAGCAAACUCAGCGCCAGCUCCAGUCCGUUGUCACAACGUCCUUCAGUGUAGAAGAUGAGAGAGACGAAUCUGCUGGAAUGAACGGCAAUGGUUGGGGACAAUCUACCGAUCGGUCCCCAGCAAGCGAAUCUCCUUUUCACAUGCCAUCCCAAAACAAGACUCCCACAAGCAGGCAGAUGAAUCAGGGUCAACUGCGAAGAUCGUACUCAACUGAAGGAGGGGUUGAAAAGUUUGCUCAAGGGGAGCCACUAAAGCGAAACUACUUCCACCAUGUCCAUCCUGGAGAUGCCCACACUGGGUCAGUCUCGCCAGACUUUAUGCCUCCGAAACGGGUAAAAACAAGUCACUCUCUGCAAAAUGAAACAGCAAUGUAUACAAAUAGAUCAGAAGAGCACAGAUCGUGUGCUCCGUCAGGUUGGAGCGAGUUUCCUCCGCCCUGGGAGCUGUCGGAAGGUCCGUUUGAACGUCACCUCACACGUACGCAAUCACUGCCUCCGUUGCCUCCUUGGAAUCGAGCUCAAGCUCACGCUUCUAAGCAAAUCACUUAUGAACACGAUGGAGUUUACCACCAUUCUUCGGGAAACCGUGAUUCCUAUCACACUCAUUGGAAUCAUAUGAUUCCAAAGCUGCAUACAUGGGGUCGUCCUGGUCCUUUCUGGUCCCGCCCACCUCCAAUUGAGUCGCAUGCCAGAAGAGAUGAAGAGGCAGAGAAGGACUGGGUGGAAAGCAGGGAACCAGCUUCCGAGCGGUACCCUUUAGCGAUGGAACAUCGUGAUUUUGAGCCUCCAUAUCACAAUAGCAAGCAACAUUCUCGGCCUUCUGAAGUGAUGCAUAUUGAUGCAGAGGCAGCUGUAGUUCCAGAGAAUACAAUGCUUUAUCACGGCAAAUCUGUCUUUACAAAUUCGACGAUUGGAGCAAACUCAGCAACGUCAAGAGUGAAAAAAACCGACAAAAUAUUUCUCCUUGCGUUGCCCCAGGACAAACUUUCUCUCAGCGAGACACUUUGUAUUGUUAGAGAAAAUAUUGAGGUAUUUACUGCGACGCAGUGUGAUGUUGAUGCACCUGCUCCUGGUCGCAAGCAUGCAGUCACAGUAGGGCAAGUUGGUCUACGUUGUAUAUACUGUCGUCAUACCACGCGAUCGAGCGACCGUGUCAAGCGCGCUGUAUGCUACCCAUCUUCUAUCAAAAGAAUCUACCGAACAGUUAUUGAUAUGAAACUCGAUCAUUUUUCUCUCUGCAAGUUCGUGCCGACGGAUCUAAAGACACGACUAGAUGAUCUCAAGUCUAUUCAUACUCGCAGCACCGGUACUACCAUGCAGUACUUCAUUGAGGCAGCUAGUUCUCUUGGUAUGGCCGAUGGUCCAUCUGGGGUUCGUCUCAUCGGACCUUCGAACGAAGAAGCGGUCGAUGUUGCUGUUGCGCCCACGCGAAGGAUUGCGAUUGAUCUGACUCAACCGCCGUCCCUCACUGAAGCUCACAAUACCGAAUCUGCUAUGAUAAGCCGCAGUGAAUCAAUACUGUCGACGUCGUCGUCCGAAAACUCGUCGACCAUGUCCAUAGAUGUCAGUAUGGCUUCGUCUAAUGGCAAUAAAGAGUUUGAUCCGACCAAGUAUUACAUGGGCUCAAUUCCUCUGUUCCGACCUGAAGACACAAUGGCACUCAGCCCUCUUCGGUGCUUUUUGCGCGAACAAGUGUGUGCUUUUUCUGCCACCGAAGAAGAUAUUGCGGUUCGAGCCCCAACUACGUUCUCCAUUUCAGUUGGACAAGUCGGAAUAGGAUGUGUUCACUGCCUACAGCAACAUUCUAGGCUUCGGUCUAAUCGAGCUGUCUGUUUUCCUUUUUCAAUUGGAAGGAUCUAUCAAUCAGUCGCUGAUAUUCAACGCUUUCACUUCAACGAAUGCCCAAACUUGCCAGUGAACGUGAAAGAGCGAUUUUUAGUUCUACAGAGUGCAAGCUCCAAAGGCUCAAAGGGUUUGGCCACUCGACAAUACUGGGUCACAUCGGGAAAGAAACUCGGUCUUGUUGAUACUCCUAGAGGCAUCAGAUUUUGUCGCGAUCCGUGUGCGCCAGUUGCUAGAGCUUCUUUCUCUCUCGAUAUUCUUGCUCAGGCAGCAUUCAGCGUCACCACAGCUGGCAAGCAACUUGUUCAUCCUGAAGACAAGGAAUAUAUAGCUGAGUUCCUCUACAUGGUUAUGGAGCAGCUGCAGCCUUGUCGGUUCACUGAGGCAGACCGCAACAAACGCCGCCUUAAGGAUGUCGGGUAUAUCGGCGUCGAGUGCAAGCACUGUUCAGGACAUGUCGACAGCCGCAAGUUUUUUUGGUCGAGUGUGAACGCGGUCGAAUCCAAUUUCGUUUCGGUCCAUACUCAUAUGCUGGAAUGUCGCAUGAUCCCUGAUCGCUUAAAAGAUCGCCUUCUUGAGUUAAAGCAACUCCGCAAAGAGCAAACGGCUGCUCUCAAGACUGGAUCGCAAAAAGCGUUCUUUGCCCGAGUCUGGCAGCGUCUACAUGACGAUGAGGACAAUACAUAUAGUGACUUUAGGUCAUGUCUACACAGAGAUGAUGAGAUGGCUCCGGAGCUGCCCGAUCAACAAAAUGACGCCAAAAGUGCCAACAACAUGAUCGCUGUCUAAAAACUAAACCCAUAUGUUAGCCUG